GGACUUGUGGACACUCUCAUUAUAGAAGCCCUCGACUAUACGUCUGACUUGCAUUAGUGUUGAUGUGCCCCGACUCGUCGCGAGUCAGCCACCCCUGCUCGCCAUGGCGUGCUGUGGCCCUAGGGGCGGAGCUUGGUCGUGGAUAGAUUGUCCUGAGACAAAGGACUAUGGGCGGGAUGUAACCUGGUCAGAUGCUUAUGGUAAUUUUUUUUUUUUCUUUUCCUUUCCUUUUUGUUUUAUAGCCUGGUGCGCUACGCGUGUGAACCCUGUCUGCUUGCAGGGUUUAUUCUCCGAUGAUACUCCGCCCAUGCCUCGCUAGUGUCUAGCACGAGAUGGAGGAUCAGGGCAAUCAAUCAAUCAAGCGUGAG